UUUCCGUCGUAGUGUGAAAUACCCUACUUUAUGUUCUUUCUUUAGGGAUCUACGUUCAUGAAUAUAUUUUAUAGUAUUUUAAUCCUCCUUUUAUAUUUUGAGCUUCCUUCUCUUUGCCAUGUGAGAGGCAUUAAAGUUGAAGAUGUAAGCAAAUACGUUGGCAAUAAUAAAUUCGUGUGCGACGGUAACAGUAGUCACGAUCUAGGAGUUAUUAACGACAAUUAUUGCGACUGCGUAGAUGGAACUGACGAGCCCGGCACCAAUGCCUGUCCUCACGGAGUCUUUUAUUGUAAUAAUGAAGGCCAUAAUCCUAAAAUUAUACCUUCAUCUUUUGUGGAUGAUUUGGUUUGCGACUGCUGUGAUGGCUCCGACGAAUUUGAAGACUUAUGCCAAAAUUCUUGUUUAGAACAAGAGAGAGAGAACGCCUAUAAGCUUCAGGAACUUCUUCGGGGAGCGCAGUCACUUAAAGAGAAAGCUAUUGUGUUAGCAGAAGAACUUUUACGAAAAGAUGCACUUGAUCUUCAGACUUUUAGAGGACAAUUAACCCAAAAGGAGCGUGAGCUUGCAGUAGCAGCCAGCAAUCAUCAGUCCGCUCUUGAAGCUGCUAAAUAUGCUGUUAGCAAAGAAAGAGAGUUGCUAUCGCUAAACGGAGAUUUUGAAGAGCCAACCGAGCCAACAGAAAAUACAUCAGAUCCUAUAAAAUCAGGAGACUUGGCUAAUAAUGGUAAUGACGAAGAAGAUUCGUUUAUAAGUGAAGACGUAGAAGAUGCUGAAGAUCUUGCGUCACUUGACAACUUCAUUUCGGAUGGAGAUUAUUGGGGUAAAAAAAAGUUUGUGCCGCAGGAGCUGGACGAGCAUUUAAAUUAUUCGAACGAAACUAAAUUUUUACUUAAUGUUGAAAAAGAAAAAAGAGCGUGUAAAAAUGAUUUAGAAGUCGAAAUUAAUGAGUUAAAGGCAAAAGUUGCUGAUCUUCAACAACUCUCUUCUAUCGAUUUCGGUGAAAAUAAUAUUUUUCGUGUUCUUGCGCGUGAAUGUUUCACUGGGAGCGACGGAGAAUUCAGUUAUGAGUUGUGCAUGUUUAAAGAAGUUGUGCAGCAUCCUGGAGUAGUGAGUGCUGGAAAAAACUUUUCCUGGGAAGACCGCCCUUCUGAAGGGACUUUUCAUCUAUCAUAAGUUUGUUUUCUUGCCUCUGACUGUUGCGGAUAGAUGGUGAGGAUGGUCCCCUGAAGGUCAUGCGGUAUAGCCAUGGCGCGCCCUGCAGCGGUGAUUUGCAUCGUUCCACUGAUGUAAAGUGCGACUCUCGACUCCCCAUAUAGUUCUGCUGCUGUGUUAUCUUCUCUCAACUAAACAGACUUUUUUGUGGAAAAGAGGACCGCUUUUUAUCCAUAAAAGAACGAAAGCGCUGUUUUUACGAAAUUGAUUUCGAAACUCCGUACGUUUGCCCCAAACCCUCCGAGGCCUCCGAAGAGCUUUUUAUUCAUUCAGAGCUUUGAGUUGUUGUAAUAGUUUUAUGA